AAUUUCUCCGACUGUUGGCGGAGUCCCAGACUGCAGCUUCUUUCGUGACCGAUCUAUCUUUUAUGUGCCGAUCUAUCCUUCCUAGUUAAAACUAACAAGUAACAUGAUCGGAGCCUUGGAGGUGUCCUGGCCGAGCUUCAGACAUUGCAGAUUUGACUGGUGAAUUAGGAAGCAAGCGAACGCUAGGGUUUGAUAUUCCGAUGGCUUCGCGCUCACAUCUUGACGAUGACGACGACUUUGGUGGAGACUAUGCGGGUAGUCACAGUGGAAGAAUUAGCUCAGGCGAAAAGAGAGCGUUUGGAGAUCUUGACGAAGAAGAAGAUGAUGUUUUUGGAACGAAAAAGGGUAAGUUAAGCAUCGAAGAAAGUGGACCAGGUGCAGCAACAGGGAUGAUCUUAUCACUUCGUGAGAGUUUACAGAACUGUAAGGAUGAGCUUGCAACUUGCCAGGUAGAGUUACAAGCGGCACAGGUUGAGAUCCAAAAGUGGCAUUCUGCAUUUCAAAAUGGGCCAGCUUUGCCUGCUGGUGCAUCUCCAGAACCUACUUUAGUUGUUACCCAUCUUCAGAACUUGAAAUCCUCAGAAGAUUCCUUGAAAGAGCAGCUUGAUAAGGCUAAGAAGAGGGAAGCUGCGUUCAUAGUAACUUUCGCAAAAAGAGAUCAGGAGAUUGCUGACUUGAAGUCAGCAGUUCGUGAUCUCAAGAAACAGUUGCAACCUCCAUCCAUGCAGACAAGAAGGUUGUUGCUUGAUCCAGCAAUACAUGAGGAAUUCACACGCUUGAAGAAUUUGGUUGAAGAGAAAGAAAAGAAAGUGAAGGAGUUGCAAGAUAAUCUUGCUGCUGUUAAUUUUACUGCAAAUAGCAGGCUGGGUAAGAUGUUAAUGGCUAAAUGCAGAACCCUGCAGGAAGAAAAUGAGGAGAUUGGUGCAGUGGCUUCUGAGGGAAAGAUUCAUGAAAUGGGGAUGAAAAUCGCUGUGCUGAAAACUCAAAAUGCAGAGCUAAAAAAUCAAUUUGAGGCGCUAUAUAAGCACACAGAAGGACUUGCAAGUGAUCUUGACACGUCUAAUGAAAUGGUGGCUUUAUUACAGGAGAAGCUGGAAGAGAAGGAUAGAUUGCUGAAGAAACUCAUGUCCCAAAAUGAACCAAAAGACGAACCAAACGAGUCUAAUUGCGACGAGAAAUCCGACCAGGAAACAGAACUAGUGGUUGAGACUUGAACUGGGCAGACUACUAUUGUUUUAACUGUUUAUUUUACCAAUAUAAAAACUUUUUCAUCUAUCUAUCUGGAUUAAAAACUUUCUACUUGAGUC